UUAUUAUCGUUUAUCGGGGUAAUAUUCCGAUAGUCUUUUAGUUUUUGUUUAUAAAUCGUUCAGUGCGCGUUUAAUGUCCAAGAGAUAAGGAUGCCCCCUAAUAACAUUUUGUAUAAUAGCGGAGUGUUUAUCGACACGGAUCUAGAGAUAGACUCGAUAAACCAUGACGAGCGCCGCACCGAUUUCGAAACGGCCGUAGGCCACGCAGGCUCCGGUAAGUUCCAGCAGAUCUUACUGAUGGUAAGCGGCAUGGUGUACGCCACCUGUGCAAUAAGCACCACCACGCUCUCGUUUGUUUUGCCUUCGGCAAAGUGCGAUUUUCAGUUGACUUCAGCCGAUAAGGGGCGACUAUCUGCGACCCCUUUGAUCGGGAUGUUGGUGGGCUGUUGUUUCUGGGGUUCCAUGGCCAACUGGAGGGGUCGCAAGGGGGCCAUAGUGAUAUCCUUGCUGAUGGACUUCCUGGCCGCCCUUAUUUCCGCUUUCGCCGUCAACUAUCGGGUGUUCCUGGUCUGUAGGUUCUUCAACGGGUUCGGGAUAAUAGGGGCCACCAGUCUGAUAUUUUCCUACUUGGGGGAGUUUUUGUCGGCACAGCGACGCGACAAGUACCUAGGCAAACUGGAGAUUUUCUGGAACAUCGGGGUAAUCAUUUUGCCAGUGGUCGCUUGGACCCUCUUGAACAAAAGGAGCGCGGAAAUCAUCCAGGAGGGGGGCGAGUUCAGCCCCUGGAGGCUCUUCGUGCUCGUGUGCAGCCUCCCCAGUUGUCUGAGUGCUGCCGCGCUCUAUUUCCUGCCGGAAACCCCCAAGUUCCUCAUGUCCCAACGUCGAUACGUCGAGGCGAGGAAAGUUUUCCAGAGAAUUUACCGCUGGAACACCGGGUUGCCCGAGGGGUCGUUUCCGGUGAAAACUUUGGUGGGCGAGGAGGAGGAGGAGGAGAACAACAACCGAACCGCCACCUCGCACAGUCUGGAAAGCGUUUGUAGCGAAGCUUUCCAGGGCAUAUCGAAGUACUUGAGGUAUUUAGGCAUCACUUGCGUGGCAGACUUUGGACUGAUGGCCAGCUACUACACGUUGGUGAUGUGGUUUCCGGAGCUUUUUGACCGCAUGAGCGAUUUCCAGGCGACCAAUCCGGGUGCCGCGGUGAGCGUUUGUUUAAUAUCCAAUGCCACUCUGGAUUAUCAAGAGACGACCUGCGAGCCCCACAUAGAAUCCAGGGUGUUCCUGGACACUUUGGUGGUGGGGCUGAGCUGUAUCCCCGUGUCAGCCUCCCUGAGUUAUUUCAUGUAUAAGAUCGGGAAGAAGUUCGUUUUGGUGUCCAGUUUGGUGCUGAGCGGUACCAGCGCGUUGGCCUUGAACUGGGUGAGUACCACCGCUCAAACUUUGGUGCUCAGUUGCAUCUUUGAGGCCUUGACCAGUAUUUUGGAGUCGGUGCUGUUUUGCGUGGUGGUCGACCUGUUUCCCACCAACUUGAGGGCUUUGGCGUUGACCGUGACGGCCACCAGUGGGCGUCUGGGCGCCAUUUUCGGGAAUUUAAUUUUCGGGGCCCUCCUGGACCUGAACUGCGCCGUGCCCGUUUAUUUGUUCGGGUUUCUGUUGAUUUUCAGCGGGGCUCUGUGUAUGGCGGUACCCAGGAACGGGGGCUAUAACGCCAUACUUUAUGAUGAAACAGUGUCCGCCCAGGAGCCGGCCACCUUCGAGGAGGCGAUCACCGCAACCGUUUUCGGCAAAUACAACGUCAUCCUCGCGCUUUUAGCGAUGGUCGCGAGCUUAUGCGCCGUUUUCGACACCACCACCAUGUCCUACACUUUCGUGGCGGCCCAAUGUGACCUCGAGCUCUCCUUGAGUGACAAGGGCCUCCUGAACGCAGUUACUUAUGCCGGGAUGAUUUCCAGCGCCAUGGUCUGGGGUUUUUUGUUUGACGUGCUCGGGCGACAUCUCGUGAGAGUGUUCUUGAUAGACGCGGUGUUCGUUUUCACUAGCGCCCUCUCCCAAGGGCUCCCGUUACUACUGAUCUCCAAGUACCUUCAGGGGUUCAUUAUAAACGGUCCGUUUGCCGCUUUGAGUUGCUGGAUAUCGGAAUUCCAUUGCGCCAAAUAUCGGCCCGUUUAUCAAAUGAUCAUCGGGACCUGUAACAGUUUCGCCACCAUCCUGCUGCCCCUGCUCGCGUGGCUGGUACUGCCCAAGAACAUGGACUUUACCCUCGUCAAUUUAGAUUUCCACUCGUGGAACGUGUUUUUGCUCAUUACCGGCCUGCCCGCUUUCCUGAGCGGGUACUCUUUAGUUUUUUUCCCGGAGAGUCCCAAGUUCCUGAUGGCCUGCGGGCGGAACGAGAAGGCCUUGGAGGUGUUCCGGAAGGUUUAUAGUAUCAAUACUGGGAAUCCUCCGGAAACUUAUCCGAUCCGAUACUUAGUGGACGAGACCAGACAGAACCAAAACACCCCCGGAACCACCCCGAAACGCACCUUCACCCAAUCGUUCGCGGAAGGUCUGCGACAAAUAAAACCGAUUUUCCUGCCGCCUCACCUCGCCAAAAUCACCCUCACCUGCUCGGUGACCUUCUUCGUCCUGAUGGGACAGAACAUGUUACGACUGUGGCUCCCUCAGAUUUAUCAAAUGAUGCGCGAUUACAAGGUGACCCACCCGAACGAGACCGCGAGCGUGUGCACGAUGCUCGCACAUACGAGUGCGGUGGACGAGUCCACUGGCAAUUGUUUCGUCAACACAGACAAUGCCGCGGUGUAUAUUAACUCGAUGAUCCCGGGGACGGCCGCCAUGUUGGGAAACGUCUCCGCGGGGUUCCUGAUCCGGUUCUUGGGGAAAAAACGGAUUCUGGUGACGUACAUGGUGCUGGCGGCGACCUUUUGCUUGUGCCUCUACGUGGCCGACUCAGAAACGACGGCGGUGGCGCUGAGCGCCGUUUUUAUUGGGGGCGCCUCCGUCUGUUGCAACGUCAUGAUCUCGGUCACCGUCGAUUUGUUUCCUACGAGUUUAAGGACAAUGGCCAUCGCCUUAGGGAUGAUGACGGGGCGGCUGGGGGCCAUGUGGGGGAACUUCCUGUUUCCGUAUUUGUUGGAGGCGGGGUGCGAGCCGCCCUUUUUCUAUGUGGGCGGCGUGUUUUUGGUGGCGACGGUGCUGGCCUUGUUUUUGCCCAAUACCGACAUGAAGGCGCUCACUUAGGUUAGGAAAUAAAUUGUUUUUUGUUUUUUUU